GAUUCUCUUUAAUCAUAAAGUAAACUUGAUACGGUAAAACCUGAGGGGAUUACCUCGUUCGUUGAAUAUUUAUAUUUAUACCAAACACAUCUUGAAACAUCGACCUAUUUGCUUAUUUAGUGUUUUUAAAAUGUUUCCUUGUCUGGCUGUGGUUUUUAUUUUACUACAAAUAGCAUUUACCAACAGUGACCCAUUAGUGCAUUUACCCACUGGAAAAAUACUUGGACGGAAGGCCACCACUUUACAAAACGUCGAUUAUUUUGUUUUUGAAAAAAUACCAUACGCGGCACCUCCAGUAGGAUCUCUGCGUUUCAAGCCCCCACAACCGCACGACAGUUGGGAUGGAGUACUAAACACCACCUUGUUAAAUACGACUUGUUAUCAAACAUCGAGGGAUGUAGAUGUACAAUCUGAGGACUGUCUAUUCAUUAAUGUUUACACCCCACAACUUCCAGACGAAAAUUGCGAGACCUCUUUAAAUGUGGCCUUUUACAUUUAUGGGGGAGGAUUUACUGACGGUUUUCCUCAACCGUUCACACCAGACUUGCUUAUUAACAACAAUAUAAUAUAUGUCACCUUUAACUACAGAUUAGGGAUAUUUGGGUUCUUGUCCACCCAAGACGACGUCAUUCCUGGAAAUAACGGCCUCAAAGAUCAACAAUACGCACUCCGCUGGACCCACCAAAACAUCCAUCUUUUCGGAGGAGAUCCUAACAAAAUUACCAUCAUGGGACACAGUUCAGGUGGUGCAUCUAUAGCAUAUCAGCUUUCAAAUCCAAAGAACAAAGGUUUGUUUCAGGGUGCGAUAUUACAAAGCGGUACUUACUUAAUACCUGGCUGCUUCCAAAGAAACCCUAGAAAAAUAGCAUUCGCGACCGCUGCCCGCCUGAAUUCUCAUUUUAAAACCAACAACAAUUCUCAAGAUCUACUAGAGUACCUGCGAACUCUUGACUCUAAAACACUGGCUAAAGCAGGAGCGGAUGCUUUCAAGAUCGGAAACGAUCCAGAGAACUUCUACCUUUUCCAAGGUUUCGUUUGGGCGCCUGUGGUUGAAGUUAAAAACGAGAACGCUUUCCUUACGGAAAAAAUGUACGGGUUGCUCAAAGCUGGGAAUUUUGUUUCAGUACCGAUUUUAAUUGGACACAACUCUGAAGAAAGUGUAUCUUUCGCUUCGGAUAUGGCUGCUUUUAAAAAACAAAUGCAAGUUUAUGACGACCAUGUAGACUGGUUAGUACCUAAAGACAUGCAGAUUUUGGAUAUUAAAGAUAGUACUACCAUGGGUACUUCUAUUAGAAAUAUUUAUACAAGAGGAAGAGCGUUCGCUGAUAAUUUAAGGGACGCUGUUAAAUAUUGCAGUGACACUUCUUUAAACCGUGGGAUAAUCAAAUAUGCCGAGCUGUUUUCCAAAUCUUCGACUGCAUAUUUUUAUCAGUUCUCGUACGAUGGGCAACUGGGUCAUAGAGACGCACCUUUCAAUGAUACAGAACGUGUGGGUCAUGGAGCAGAGUUAUCGUAUCUUUUCUGUUAUCGUAUGAGUUGCGACAUUUCGAGUUAUCCGGAAACGGACAGGUUAACCCGUGAACGUCUGUUGACACUGUGGACUAAUUUCAUUAAAUAUCAAAAUCCUACCCCAGAACCGUCCAAGUUGUUACAAAAUGUUACUUGGCCACCAGUCAAAACCGACGAUGGGAAUUUUUAUUACCUCGACAUUAAUGAAAAUUUGAAGAUCAAAAAUCACCCGAAAGAAGAACGGUAUAAAGCUUGGAACGCCUUAUACGAUAGUUUGGGGUAUGACGAUUUUGACACUUACUGAAAUGUAAAACUACAAAAUAAACAGUUUUUGUUUGACCGUU